AUGCGGCAGGCGCGACUAACAAUGCUCGCCGGGGCCGCCCUGUUGCUCCAAUGGGCAGGCGCCGUUGCAGGCGCAGCCUUGGCCACAGCCUCGUCUCUUUCCACCACAUCCACGUCCUCGAAAACAGCCACAACACCGACCACGACACCAUCACGCACCGUCUACGUCGCGUCCAAGGCGCCCACAACCGGCGCGGCCGCCGCCACGGGCCUCGUCCGCAACUAUGCCUACCAGGGCUGCUACCUCGAGAUUGCCGGCACCAACGGCACCGCCCCCGGCGCGCGCUCGCUCCAGGGCGACACGACCGACGAAGUCCUCCCCGGCGACAUGACCGUGGCCAAGUGCCUCGAGUACUGCGGCGGCGGCGGCAGCGGCACGGCCUACGCGUAUGCCGGGCUCGAGUUCUCGCGCGAGUGCUGGUGCGGCCAGGCGCUGUCGUCGCUGGCCACCAAGGAGGCCGAGGCGCAGUGCAAUCUGCCGUGCGACGGCGACGACAGCACGCUCUGCGGCGGCGAUUUGCGGUUGACGGUAGGCCAUGAUACUCUGCGUCUUGUUUUUGUCUCUGUUUUUGUCUCUGCUCGUGCUGACCAACCACAGCUGUACAUGCUCACAUCGCCGGCCACGCGGCCCCAGAUUGCGCUGGCGGCGAUGGCCGCCGUUGCUGGACUGGCGGCCGCCGUGCAACUUCUGUAA